AUGGCACAAAGCUUACGAUUGCACUUUGCAGCCAGAAGAAGCAAUACUUAUCCUUUGUCAGAAACCUCCGGAGAUGAUUUGGAUAGCCAUGUUCACAUGUGCUUUAAAAGACCAACACGGAUUUCAACAUCUAACGUUGUUCAAAUGAAGCUGACUCCCAGACAGACUGCACUAGCUCCGUUAAUAAAGGAAAACGUUAAGUCUCAGGAAAGAUCAUCUGUUCCGUCAUCUGAAAAUGUUAAUAAAAAGAGCAGCUGUCUGCAGAUUUCGCUACAGCCAACAAGGUACAGUGGAUGUCUUCAGUCUAGCAAUGUCUUAGCUGAUGGUGAUGAUGCUUCAUUUACUUGUAUCUUGAAGGAUGGCAUUUACAGCAAUGCUGUGGUUGAUAAUGAACUGAAUGCUGUGAAUGAUGAUAACCUUUUAAGCAGUUCUGCCAUUUGUAGUGGUAGCCUUAGUAACUUUUCAAUCAGUGAUAAUGGAUCUUACAGCAGCAAUGGCAGUGAUUAUGGGUCAUGUGCAAGUAUCACAAGUGGAGGUUCGUACACUAACAGUGUCAUCAGUGACAGUAGUGGUUAUACUUUUCCACCAAGUGAUGAUGCUUUUUUAGGUGGAAAUUUAUCUUCUGACAGCACCUCCAAUAGAAGUGUGCCAAACAGGAAUACUACUCCAUGUGAAAUUUUUUCAAGAAAUACAAGUACAGUUCCUUUUGUCCAGGAUGAUUUGGAGCAUGGAUUAGAGAUUAUGAAAUUGCCAGGGAGCAGGAAUGCAAAAAUUCCACUGAAACGCUGCUCAUCCUUAGUCAUUUUUCCUAGGAGUCCUUCAGAUACCCCACCAACUUCUCCAAUAAGUACAGGUACUCUUCUAAGCAAAGGAGCUUAUCAAACUUCACACCAGUUUGUUAUUUCUCCUAAUGAAACUGCACAUAAUGAAGAUGGUCCUAGUGCUAAGGGAUUUCUUUCAACAGCUGUCAAUGGACUUCGGUUAUCUAAAACAGUUUGUACUGCUGGAGAAGUCAGAGACAUACGGCCACUUCAUGUGAAGGGCUCAUUACAAAAGAAAAUUGUUAUUUCAAAUAAUAGUCCAAAACAGACUGUCUGUGAAAAGUCAUCUGAAGGAUAUUCUUGUGUUUCAGUGCAUUUCACCCAACAAAAAGUAACUGCAUUAGAUUGUGAAACAGCAAAUGGUGAUUGUAAACCAGAGAUGUCAGAAAUUAAGCUUAAUUCUGAUUCAGAGUAUAUUAAGUUCAUGCGUAGGACAUCUGCAUGUUUACCAUCCUCCCAGAAUGUAGAUUAUCAAAUAAAUAUCAAUGGAGAGUUGGAAAGACCAAAUUCACAGAAAAACAAAAACCAUGCUAUUUUACAAAGAAGCAUUUCAUUGGGAGGAACUUAUCCAAAUAUUUCCUGUUUAUCCAGCCUUAAGCACAAUUGUUCUAAGGGGGGACCAUCUCAACUACUCAUAAAGUUUGCAUCUGGAAAUGAAGGUAAAGUUGAUAAUUUAUCAAGAGACAGCAACAGAGAUUUCACAGAUGAACUAUCUAAUUCUUGUAAGACAAGAGAUGAUUUCCUCGGUCAAGUAGAUGUUCCACUUUAUCCAUUACCGACAGAAAAUCCAAGAAUGGAGAGACCAUAUACAUUUAAGGAUUUUGUUCUUCACCCAAGAAGUCACAAAUCAAGAGUUAAAGGUUAUCUGAGAUUAAAAAUGACUUAUUUACCUAAAACCAGUGGCUCAGAAGAAGAGAACGCAGAACAGGCUGAGGAAUUAGAGCCUGGCUGGGUUGUUUUGGACCAACCAGAUGCUGCUUGCCAUUUGCAGCAGCAACAAGAACCUUCUCCUCUACCUCCAGGAUGGGAAGAGAGGCAGGAUAUCCUUGGAAGGACCUACUAUGUAAACCAUGAAUCUAGAAGAACACAGUGGAAAAGACCAACCCCUCAGGACAACUUAACAGAUGCUGAGAAUGGUAACAUUCAACUGCAAGCACAACGUGCAUUUACCACCAGGCGGCAAAUAUCCGAGGAGACAGAAAGUGUUGACAACCGGGAGUCUUCCGAGAAUUGGGAAAUUAUAAGAGAAGAUGAAGCCACCAUGUAUAGCAAUCAGGCCUUCCCAUCGCCUCCAUCCUCAAGUACCUUGGAUGCUCAGACUCACCUUGCAGAAGAAUUGCAUGCCAGGCUCACUACGUGUGGAAAUUCAGCCACCAGCCAGCCAGUAUCCAGCUCAAAUCAUUCCAGCAGAAGAGGCAGCUUACAAGCCUAUACUUUUGAGGAACAGCCUACACUUCCUGUGCUUUUGCCUACUUCAUCUGGAUUACCACCAGGUUGGGAAGAAAAACAAGAUGAAAGAGGAAGAUCGUACUAUGUAGAUCACAAUUCCAGAACUACUACUUGGACAAAGCCCACUGUGCAGGCCACAAUGGAGACCAGUCAGCUGCCAUCAAGCCAGAGUUCCUCUGCAGGCCCUCAACCACAGGUCCCCACAAGUGAUUCAGCACAGCAGGUGACCCAGCCAUCUGAAAUCGAGCAAGGAUUCCUUCCUAAAGGCUGGGAAGUCCGGCAUGCACCAAAUGGGAGGCCUUUCUUUAUUGACCACAACACCAAAACCACUACCUGGGAAGAUCCAAGAUUGAAAAUUCCAGCUCAUCUGAGAGGGAAGACAUCACUUGAUUCUUCCACUGACCUAGGGCCUUUACCUCCAGGAUGGGAAGAGAGAACUCACACAGAUGGAAGAAUCUUCUACAUAAAUCACAAUAUAAAAAGAACACAAUGGGAAGAUCCUCGGUUGCAGAAUGUGGCAAUAACUGGACCAGCAGUGCCCUACUCCAGGGAUUACAAAAGAAAGUAUGAGUUCUUCCGAAGAAAGUUGAAGAAGCAGAAUGACAUUCCAAACAAAUUUGAAAUGAAACUUCGCCGUGCCACUGUGCUCGAGGACUCUUACCGGAGAAUCAUGGGCGUCAAGAAAGCCGAUUUCCUCAAGGCUCGACUGUGGAUUGAGUUUGAUGGUGAAAAGGGAUUAGAUUAUGGAGGAGUCGCCAGGGAAUGGUUCUUCCUGAUCUCGAAGGAAAUGUUUAACCCUUAUUAUGGGUUGUUUGAAUAUUCCGCUACGGAUAAUUAUACCCUACAGAUAAAUCCAAACUCUGGAUUGUGUAAUGAAGAUCACCUCUCUUACUUCAAGUUUAUUGGUCGGGUUGCUGGAAUGGCAGUUUACCAUGGCAAACUGUUGGAUGGUUUUUUCAUCCGCCCAUUUUACAAGAUGAUGCUACACAAGCCAAUAACGCUUCAUGAUAUGGAAUCAGUGGAUAGUGAAUAUUACAAUUCCCUAAGAUGGAUUCUUGAAAAUGAUCCAACAGAAUUGGACCUCAGGUUUGUCAUAGAUGAAGAACUUUUUGGACAGACACAUCAACAUGAGUUGAAAAAUGGUGGAUCAGAAAUAGUUGUCACCAAUAAGAACAAAAAGGAAUAUAUUUAUCUUGUAAUACAAUGGCGAUUUGUAAACCGGAUCCAGAAGCAAAUGGCUGCUUUUAAAGAGGGAUUUUUUGAACUAAUACCACAGGAUCUCAUCAAAAUUUUUGAUGAAAAUGAAUUAGAGCUUCUUAUGUGUGGACUGGGAGAUGUGGAUGUGAACGACUGGAGAGAGCAUACAAAGUACAAAAACGGCUACAGUGUCAAUCAUCAAGUCAUACAGUGGUUUUGGAAGGCUGUUUUAAUGAUGGAUUCAGAAAAAAGAAUAAGAUUACUUCAGUUUGUCACAGGCACAUCCCGUGUGCCUAUGAAUGGAUUUGCUGAACUAUAUGGCUCAAACGGACCACAGUCAUUUACGGUUGAACAGUGGGGUACCCCUGAAAAGCUGCCAAGAGCUCAUACCUGCUUUAAUCGCUUGGACUUGCCACCCUAUGAGUCAUUUGAAGAAUUAUGGGAUAGACUUCAGAUGGCAAUUGAAAACACUCAGGGUUUUGAUGGAGUUGAUUAGACUGCAAAUAACAAUCUAUGGUGUUUUUACUGCCGCAGUUUUAUAAGCAAAGUCUUGGCUUAAAAUUUUCCAGGGAACUACUAAAACUUGGCCACUGAUUCUUCCCAGAUAUUGGAGGACAUCAUAUAAAAGCAUUGGAAAAAAUAGUAUGACAAUUUUACCAUGAUCUCAAUCACUUUUUAAAAAUCACUUCAGCAGUGUGGCAUUUACACGGUUGUUUUGUUGUAUCUUUGGAGUUCGCGCUAUAGGGUGCAAGUCCUGUGUGCCUGAAAUAGUGGGUUUUAUCCUUGACAUUUACCUCUUGUAUAGUAUUUGCCAGGCAGUUCUUUCUUAAACUACUGAAGUUAUAACUGUGAAGUAUUUGUGAUAAGUGUCAUGUGUGAAAAGUUUGAUGCUUUUUGAGAAGGAAAACUGAAAUUUGG